AAGAGUAACCCAUUAGCUCAUUGCAGCAGUCCUUCUCUCAUAUCCUUUUAAUGGUUAGGGAGUGUGUUAGUUAGCCAUCUCCAUGAAGGACAACUAUAUGGACAAAAGGGCAAACAAUCUAACUGAGCAUUUAACAUUUAACCAUUACUGUUUUUAGGAAGAUUAACUCGUGACUAGAUGAAUAUGGACCUGAAGAAGUGAACUGCUUUAUUUUUACUCAAGGAAUACCUGGAAGAAGAUCUGGAGAGUGUGGACCAAAAGCUUGAAGGAUGACAUUUUGAAGGUGUUUCUGUGCCAUGAAAGUCAAAGGGGUCCAAAGUUGUUUUGGACCACACUGACUUUGAAUAUAAGGUCAAAAUCAGACAAUUCUCAAAAUAUGUCCCACAGAAGAAAGAACAUCAAACUUCAUUUGGAAACAUUUGGAACAACAUGAUGAAUGCAGGCUGUGCCUGGUUUUAGGUGCAGAGAGCAGGGUGAGAGCUCUUUGCAGCAACUAAUGCCAAGAAUGGUACGGGUAACAGGAGCAGGGGGACCAGGUUUCAGUGCUGGGGGUCUCCAGGGGCCUCUCAGAUCUUUGAAACCCCCUCGUGAGCUUAGUGUGGAGGAACAACAGGAGCUACGGAGAAAGAUCAACAGCCGUGAAAGGAAGAGAAUGCAGGACCUCAACGUAGCCAUGGAUGCUUUACGGGAGGUCAUGGUUCCCUACUCUCCUCCAACCGGUAUAGGUGGAGUACUGCAGCACCCUUACUUUCCUCCCGGAGCCCCUCCGACCGGACGGCGCCUGUCUAAGAUCUCCACUCUGGUGUUGGCCCGUAACUACAUCCUGCUCCUAGGCUCCUCCUUGCAGGAGAUGAGGCGUCUGCUGGGAGAGGUCAGCAUCGGGAUGGGUGUCAGCGGGACUGUACCACGUCUGCUGCUGACAGGGGGGUGGCCAUUUCUUAACGGGCCAGGACAGCUUCUGCUUUCCCCUCCUGAGCAGCAAAUGGGUGCAGUAAAGUGCCCCUUUCUGCCUCAGGGUACCCAGGAGGAGCCCUUGGCAUGGGGGUCAGGCAGAAUAUUGGAGAACCUGGUGUGCCAGUGUGGGGUGUGUCGGACCCCACGGGUGGUGCAUGUUAAUCCCGCCACACGUUUCCCAAAGUGAUUCCAACAUGACUUGGAGAAGGUCACCCAAAAACUAAAAUUCUGUCAUCAUUUCUUCACUGUCAUGACGUUUCCAAACCCACUUUCUUUGCUGGAACACAAAUGAAGAAAUUUGCUUGUUCCACAGAAGAAAGACUUUUGAAAUGACAUGAUGGUGAGGAAGUGAUGACAACAUUUUUCAGUGAACUAUCCCUAAGUAUCAUAAAUAAACACUGAGCAAAACUUGAUUAAAUGAGCAUUUAUAAAAUUUUGGUUAAUGUUAAUUUCCACAUGUACUAAUACAUUUUUAACAUUCCAAGUGGUAUAAACUUGAAUGUGCAAGUAUGCAUUAGCUUACUGAAACUUUUAAAGUGUUACCAGUUUUUCCUUUUGCAAAACACUCUUAGAUACAGUCUGUCUCCCAUAUUGUUGUUCUCUCCUUUGUGUUUGCUAAGAAUUAAACUAGAAAAACUGAAAGAGUGUGUGUGUGUGUCUGUUAUUUGAAACUACUGCAAAAGUUAAUCUCUCAGCACAUUUCUUGUUUUUUUCAUCUCGUUCUGUCAUAGUAAGUGUGUGCAUGUGUGUGUGCUUGGCUGCAUCCAAACGGAUUGAAAUAAUUAAUUGUGCACCUCUUUUACAGCACAAGGACGGAGCCUUUCUUUCACCCCAUCCUUCUCUGAACCCACCCCAUUCAACUCCCCAAACAAGCCCCACAUCAAACCCGACAGCCCCAUAAUAAUUAGCCCACACUCUUUCUCCAGCUUCACCAUCUUUAAUCCACUCCUUCGAUCGCUGCUUAUCAAGGUAAAUGCGUUUACACGGGCCGCUGUGGCACCAUUCAUUACUCUCUGUGAACAGCAUAUUCAAACGCCCAGAAAAUGUGUUUCCACCAAAGGAGUUCACUUACCUAAAUUACAAACAACACCCUCUCCAGCACCCAAACUCUGACAUUCACCCCUCCGAAGGCUGGGCGUCUGAAAAAAAGAAGCAAUUCUUUCAAUCUCAGUGCCCGGUGAAAGCCAUGAAAGGAGGGAAAGGCAAUUCCAUCUUGUAGGAAAGGGUGCGUGAAUGAGAAUGCAGAUUAUAAUCAUAAGCAUAAUGAUAAAAUACAAGGAAUAAUCAGUCCCACUGCAAAAGGGGAUUAGUCCGGCCAGGCGCGUGAAAGAGGGCGAGAGGCUGAAUGGAAGGAGUCUGUUGCCCAUCGCCCGGGACAAAAGGAGAGGUAGAUGCCAUUAAGUGAGAUUAGGGUUAAUGGGCCUUGAUUUUCUUACAAGGAGGUAAAAAAAAGAAAGAAAAAGAAGUACAGAGGGGGGAGAGGUGGGACAGAGAAGUAGGAAAGAUCAAAGUAAGACACCCCGACUUAAAACCCUUCUCUUUGCGAGGACGCACAUACACACACUUUAACUUACCACCUCUUUCAUUUACAUAUAGCUGCCUUAUGUCCGCUGACAACUUGAAGAGAUUACCUCACUAAUUUUAACCUCACUUCAGUGCUUUUCUUAAAGCCAUCUUCUCAUGUCGUUCUCUCCUGAGGUGAAAACUUUCUCUCUGAUGAUGGUGGGCGUAUUGUGAGAAGGAUGUAGGGGUCUGCUCUCUCUUUGUGUUCAUUCUUCAGCUCAUCAGUGCAGCUAAAUCCAGCCAAAACAAAAUGAGACAAAAGAAGAGAAAGUAGAACGGGGUGUCCUAUUGUUCUCCACAAAAUGCCUAUGUGUCCUGGUAUACUUUACUGAUAUAUGCCCUGACCAACCACUGUGUGAGUAUGCGUGUGUGUGUUGCAGAGAGAAGAGCCUCUGUACUGUGAAUUCACAAAUUCUCAGUCGAACUGAUUUGUUUCAUUAACUGUUUAAUGUAAGUAAAUUUUGGUAAAACCAAUCAAUUAUGUUUAAGCAUGUGUGUAAUGUUUUUGAUACUUGUGAGGACCAAGUGAUAAAAAAUGCCCU